CAGGCAUGGUGCUCUCGGCGCUGCAGCAGGUCGUGGUCUCGGCGGUGCUGGUGCUUUGCGUUUUCGUCGUCAUGCCCAGGAUGUUCGGGGGAGGAGGCGGCGGGCGAGCCGGCCGGUCUCCGCGGGGCGGCAAGACAGUCCCCGGCCAUUACGAUCCGCGUCAGCCUCGCAGAGGUAGUCCUCAGACACUUCAUCGGCUUCACCUCAAUCCAGAAAAUUCUGACAGUGAUACAUACCAGAGUAUUCAGCAGAUGAGAAAUGCAAUGGAAAAAGAGAUAAAGAGUGAGAGAACAAGAGGAAAUGGUAGAGAAUUAGCAUUCACCCUCAUGCCAUUGUAUGCACUUGGAGUGGGAGUGUUUGCAGCAUACAAAUUUCUUAAGAUGAGGUCACAUGAAGAAGGUCUCUCCAAAAACGAAAAAAGUACAGAAGACAAGGCAAAGGAAACUGAGCAUCAGCUUUUGGAACUAGAGAAGCAUCUAGCACAGACAGAGAAAAUGUUAAAUUCUUUAUUGACUCAGUUGGAUCCAUUGUCAAACUGUGUUAACGCUUUAGCUUGUGAGCAGAAAGAUGAAAUAAUGACACAGCUCCAAUCAAUUAGACGACUGAUGAAAGAAAGCGGGUUGGAUAAAUCAGAAGACAAGAUGAAAGAUGUCGGCCACAUUUGUAAUGAGAAACUUGAAGAUCUCAUUCAGUCAUUCACUGAACAUUCUCAGGAGAAAGAAACAGAUGACAGAGAAGAUGACAGCAAUGAAGAUUCAUGUGAGGAAGUUGAUAAUGAUUACAAAAUAGAAAAGCAUGAAUUAUGUGAUGAAUGUGAAGUACAUCAGUUUGAACCAGAUACAGUAGAAGAGCAAGAAAUGAUAAACAAAGACUCCAUUGAGUCAGAAGAGGUGGGAUUGAGGAGACGCAAUAGAUACGAAUGAAAACUGCACAAGUAAAGCUUUCAAAAACCUAGCGGGGCUUUUUUAUAAUGUUGUGUGCACUUUAAACUGUUUGGAAUGAGGUUAUGAGAACUGGUAUAUGCUUUAAAAAGAAGUGAAAUACUCUCUGCUUGUGUAUAUGACAGUUCUGUAUCUGACUUUAGUGGCAACAGAAUUUCAUUCAGAGUGUUUACAUACUUUUUCUAUUUAUUUUUUCCUAUAAAAAUAUUUCUGUACUCUCUAUAUAAUACACUGUAAUUACAUCUGAUGCUUCACUAAAAUACUAGAAUAUCUUGUAAUUAAGACUAUAAAAAACAGAUGUUCCUUCAUGAGCAUGAUGUCCCUGGAACUGUUGACUCCUGAGUUCAUUAAAGAGUAUGCUCUGAUGAAUUUA